AUGUUUAGUAUCCAUUCAAAUAUAUUGAUUGAUUAUUCGAUUUCUUUACCAUCAAAUGAAGACAUUCAACGUACAUUUGAAGAUCUUAAAGAUUAUCAAAUUAUUUCUUAUAUCGAUUAUUUUCCAAAGGAAAAGAUUGGUCAAUGUCAUAUAUAUUCGUAUCCAUCUAGAAUGAUAUAUUAUCAUAAUCUUACAAAUAGUUUUCCAGGUGGACUAUUCAAAUUUGUUCACAGAGUUUUACUAUAUGAUGAACGUCCUUUUGAAUAUGAAUUUUUUAUUCGAAUUGCUAAAGCAUUUCCAUUUCUUAAAAUGUUGAUUAUAGAAAAUCGAUCACCGCAAAUAUUAAAUGAAGAUAAUCAUAAUUUACCAAUCGUUGAAUAUCCUCAUCUUAUUCAUCUAGAUCUCUCAAGUGCUCAUGAUGAUUAUAUUGAACAAUUGCUUGUUAAUACGAAAACUUGUCUAUCAAAUUAUAUUCAUCUUGUUAUCUCUUAUCGUUCCCUACAAAGAGUAACACACAACUUCACAAAAGAUACAAUGCGAGUGAAUUGUGCCAAAGUCAAAUAUUUAUAUGUUUGUAAUAAAUCGGACGUUCCCGAACAACUUCAUGUAUAUUUUCCUCAUGUAGAAAAUUUGUAA